AUGAAUCUGUUCAAGGCUUUAUCUACUUCAACUUCUAGAUUAGUGAGUUCAAGCUUCGUCUCCAAGUUUCUUUUAGUUGGAGGAGGAGGAGGUGAUGAUGAUAAAGGUGUUGUCAACAAAUGCUCUGAUAAAGAGAGACAUGCUCUCCUUGAUUUCAAAGUUGGCCUUCAAGACCCCAAUGGUCAUCUCUAUACAUGGAGAGCUAAAGAAGACGAUUGUUGUAAGUGGUUCGGAGUCACAUGCAACAACGAAACUGGUCAUGUCAUAGAGCUUGAACUAUGGCACAGUGGUCUUGGAGGUAAGAUUAGCCAUUCGUUGGUUAACUUAAGCAACUUGAAUCAUCUUCAACUUUCCUUCAAUUCUUUUCAUGGACCCAUUCCCACGUUCAUUGGUUCCAUGACUCAAUUAAGGUACCUUGAUCUUAGCGACAAUGGUUUUAAUGGAAUCAUUCCAGCCUCACUUGGUUCCUUGACCGAAUUAAGUUACCUUGACCUCUCCCAUAACUCUCUUUAUGGAACCAUUCCUCCAGAGUUUGGAAACCUCACCAACUUAGAAGAGCUUCUCCUUGGAUAUGUUGGAAGAUGUAGAGUUGAAAAUGUGGAGUGGAUGUCUCAUCUAUCUUAUUUGCAACAUCUUGAGAUGGAUGAGAUCUCCAUGUCCAAAGCAAACAAUUGGGUUAAUGUAGUUUUGGGUCUUGGAAAACUAUCACAUUUAAGUUUACAAGAAUGUGAGCUUUCUCAAGUCAUGGAUCCGUAUUCUUCUUUUGUCAACUCUUCUUCAUCUAUUGAAUUCCUUGAUCUUAGAAACAACAAUCUCACCUCAUCCAUGUAUAGUUGGUUGUUCCCAUUAACCAAUAAUAAGCUCCGUUUUCUUUUGCUCUCUAACAACCCCAUAGAUAGGAUACCAAAAUAUCUUGAGUCAUUACCCGAUGAGAUUGAAAACUUUUCAAACCUAGGAUACUUGUGUUUAUCUCACAAUCACUUAAACGGAACUAUAAGUGAGAAAGUGUGGGAAUUACCCAAGCUUGAAACCCUUGACGUUUCUUUCAAUAAUCUUAGAGGUGCCAUCUCUGUAAACAUUGGAAACUCGAAGGUUUCUAUAAACGAUCUUUCAAAAAACUCACUCGAAGGAGUUCCUUCCAUAGAUCCCAUGUCAAACCUUUCUGCAGAGGCGAUUGAUCUAAGCUCUUGCAAUCUAGGGCCUCAAUUCCCAAAAUGGAUUCAAAAUCUCAAACAUCUUACUCGUCUUGAUAUUUCUAACACUAGAAUAUCAGACACAGUUCCUCUUGAUUUUUGGGACACGUGGCCUUCACGAUUACAUUAUCUUAAUCUCUCUUCCAGCAACAUCAGUUGA